GAACAUCGAGACAUCUGCCCCGCGACGUCCCACAUACACCUUUAAGCACGUUGAACCGACGGCGACACUCUCAACAGACAAGGGCGACGACGUCACCGCGAGACAAACAUGAACGACCAUGAAUACUACAGCCAAAAGCCGCUACCUAUACCUGGCCAGGCAACGAGCCACCAGGGCGGCGGUGCCAGUCAUUAUAAUCAAAAUUAUGGCCAGGGGCAACAACCGAUGCCAACCUCCUACAGCGCAAACUUCCAAUCGCCCUUCGAUACCGUCUUUGAUGACCAUGUCUAUCCCGCAUCUUCACAUCAGUCCGGUGCUUCAUCAAGCCGACAACAUCUAAAUAGUCAGCACUACCAAGACGCGGCCUACCACGGCCCAACCCGCGUUUCCUCCGAGGAAGAUAUGGCUUACAAUCAUCCCACAGAUGACAUCCCUUUGGAGGACCGCAGCGGCGGCAGAAACAAGAACAAUGACCCCGAGAUGCAAGAUCACGUCUACGAUGCGCCCCAACCACAGCAAAAGAAGUCACGUAGCGGGCGUGUUAGUGUAGGACAACUGGGAAUGCUCGGCUCGAAUGCGAAGAGGAUACCCUUUGUUGUUUACUUUUUUACCACCGUCCAGGUAGCCGUGUUUAUUGCUGAACUCGUCAAGAACGGCAUGGCUACGGGAUCACCCAUCAUGAUCAAGCCCCAGUUUAACCCCUUCAUCGGGCCUUCCAGCUACAUGCUCAUCAACAUGGGCGCCCGCUGGGAUCCGUGCAUGCACGCCAUCCCGGGCGUCCAAAACGCAACACAGCCCAUCAGCUGGCCCUGUCCUAAUACGACGACAUACGACGUCAAUGCUUCGACUAUGAAGUGUACUCUUUCCGAUCUGUGUGGCUUCGGCGGCGUCCCCGAGCCCUGGUACAAUGCGACCGCGACCAUGGAAAGCGUUCCCGAACCUAACCAGUGGUGGCGCUUCAUCACCCCGAUGUUCCUCCACGCCGGAGUCAUCCACAUCGGCUUCAAUAUGCUUCUCCAGAUGACGAUCGGAAAGGAGAUGGAGCGGUCCAUCGGUUCGAUCCGCUUCUUUAUUGUCUACGUUAGCGCUGGAAUCUUUGGGUUCGUGAUGGGCGGAAACUUCGCCGCCAACGGCAUGCAGACGACGGGUGCAUCGGGCGCCCUUUUCGGUAUCAUAGCUCUCUUGCUGCUGGAUUUGCUCUAUUCAUGGCGGGACCGCAAGAGCCCAUGGAAGGACCUAUUAUUUAUCGGUCUCGACAUCGUCAUCUCCUUCGUGCUCGGUCUACUUCCGGGCUUGGACAACUUUGCCCACAUUGGCGGCUUCUUGACCGGUCUUGCGUUGGGAAUCUGUGUUUUGCAAUCGCCAAACGCACUCCGUCGACGGAUCGGCGACGAACCACCUUACUCGCAGGUUGUCGACACUAACGGCUUCCUGAGGCAAGGGGCACCGCCUUCCUUCUUCAGCAAUCCUGUCGGGUUCUUUAAGGGUCGGAAGCCGCUGUGGUGGGUUUGGUGGCUUGUCAGGGCGGCUUUCUUGACUCUUACUGUCGUCAUCUUCAUCUUGCUGCUUAAUAACUUCUAUGUGGAUCAUAAGGAGUGCAGCUGGUGCAAGUAUCUGAGUUGUUUGCCCGUCAAAAACUGGUGCGAAGAUGGAAACUUACAGAUCACGACGCAAGAUGUCACCCCGAACAAGCUGAAGCGCGACCUUAUUUUUGCUGCUGACUUGGAACAGCUUCCGAGGUUGCAAGCAUAUUUUGCAUAAGCAAAGUAUCUCUCUAAAGCUCACAUUAAUGACUCUUUGAAUUAUUUUUGAUGGAGGGCGGCAAGAACACCGAUGCUUUCCCAUUUUCUACUUUAUUGUUACCUGUGCUUUUUUCUACAGACAAUUUUGAAAACACGAGGCUACGUUCCUGCCAACGUAUAGAAGGGAGUAGUGGUCUUAAAUUCACCUCUGGAAUAUUUGCAUAGCAUUGGCGUUGAAGGGAUGAGAAAACAAAUUCGUUCUUUGGUUCAGCAAAUUGAUUGGGAAAUCGUGGUUGCUUUGAGGGGACGCUACAACGAUUUGAUGCUCAAACCCUUGCUUGGAUUGCCAAAGUUAUAUCAAAAGAACGGCAUCUGGAAACCAAA